GAAAAAAAAUGGUUGCUCUCAUUCUGAAGUAAUCAAUGAUUGCAUUACGAGCUCUGCUUCAAUUAGUUCAUCACUGCUACGCAAAAUCAUCGCUGCUGAAAGUUUAAAUCAUCAAAAGAUGGAUUUAUUUUCUUGUAUCUUGACAUUUGGAUUGGCUCUAACGGCGAUUCUGUUGGUAAUUGAUUUUUGUCUGCAUCGCAGUCGAAUAGGUCGAAGGGUCGCUGAAAUUCCGGGACCCAGGGGAUUCCCCAUCAUUGGUAACCUUCUGGAUUUUGCAGUGCCAUAUGACGAAAUAUUUCUCCGCUUGCGAAAAUUUGGAAAGGAGUUUUAUCCUACGUAUAAAUACUGGAUUUUGCACCGACCUCUGGUGAAUAUUCGGCAUCCGGAUGAUAUCCAGAUUAUACUGUCCAGCCCCAUAAAUAUUGAAAAAACUCAACACUCAGAUCUCCUGCGACCCUGGGUAAAGGAGGGUCUGUUGAUAAGUAAAGGAAAAAAAUGGCAAGACCGAAGGAAGAUGGUGAAUCACGCGUUUACCUACAAUCUUCUCGAGGAAUUCGUGGAGACAUUUGUUGAGCAAACUUCUAGACUCCUGGCGACUCUGAAAGUUGAGGCAAAUGUACAAGGCGGAGAAGUUGUCAAGGAAGUUGAACCGAUUUUUUCGAGACUCUCGUUCAACAUCAUAUGUGAAACAGCAAUGGGAAUAGUUCUGGAUGACAAAGAUCGAGAGCAAUACGACUACCUCAAUGCGAUCCGCGCACUUGCAGGAAUAUUCCAAUUCAGAUUGACGAGACCCUGGUUGGCGAACGACUGGAUUUUCUCAUUAACAAAGAAGAGCAAAGAGCAAGCAAAGGCCCUAGGAAAAAUCCAUACAUUUUCAAAGAAGAUAAUUGAAGCAAGAAAAAAUUACCACCGCAUGAACGGAUGGCAAUUUUUGAAUGAACCAUCGAAAAAAACAGGAAGAGAAACCGAUGAUACCGCUAUCAACGGCAAGAGAAGAAAUCAUGGGAAACUUGCGCUACUCGAUCUUCUUAUCGCCACAUGGAAGACUUCCGGCAUCGACGAUCAGGGUAUCCAAGAGGAAGUUGAUAUGUUCGUGGCUGCUGGUUAUGAUACUACAUCCACAGCACUGAGUUUCGCAACAUUAGUUCUUGCAGAACAUAGAGACAUCCAGGAAAAAUGUCGGAAAGAGAUCAAUGAAGUUUUGAACGGAACUCCAGUGGAAAAAAUCACAAUGAAAGAAGUUCAGAAGAUGAAAUACUUGCAACAAUGCAUCAAAGAGGCCAUGCGUCUGUAUGGUGUGACUCCUCUCAUAGGGCGAAAGCUGUCGGAGGACGUGCAACUAAAAAAUCAUUUCCUCCCUCGAGGAACUGAGGUCGCCAUUCACCUAUACGAUGCACAUCGAGAUCCUCAUUUCUGGUCUGAGCCAAAUGUCUUCAAUCCUGAUAGAUUUUCACCGGAAGGAUCUAAAGGCAGACAUCCUUAUUCGUAUUUGCCCUUCAGUAUUGGACCGAGGGAUUGUAUUGGCAAAAAAUUUGCAAUGCUGGAACUGAAAGUCGUCAUAGCGGGGCUCAUUUCGAAUUUCUAUCUCGAACCAGUGGAUGUAAUUGGUGAUAAGCGCUUCAUCAUGGAUUUCAUCAUGAGAUGUAGCGAACCAAUGCACGUGAAGCUAGUUCCCAUAACUAAAUGAAUUAUCAUGAAAUCGCAUUGAACAGUUCGAUUAUUUCAAUAGAAUAAAAAUUUUUGCGAAACGAUUGCUUUGUCAUGCCAUGAUUGGGUCACUUAAACAAAAAGUUCAUCCCUCCGAUUAAAGGAUGAAAUCUGUCAAUUGGAAAAUUCUUUGAAACUCGUAUUUAAUAUCCAAAUAAAUUAAAUCUAUCAAA